GGGACAUCCAGUGAUGACAUGGAAAAGGACAAUGCAACUUUGCUGACAGAGUUUGUUCUCACAGGACUUACACAGCAACCACAGUGGAAACUCCCCCUGUUCCUGGUGUUCUUGGUGAUGUACCUCAUCACUGUGGUGGGGAACCUUGGUCUGAUUUCUCUGAUCUGGAAUGACCCUCAGCUUCACAUCCCCAUGUACUUUUUCCUUGGGAAUUUAGCAUUUGUGGAUACUUGGUUGUCAUCAACAGUGACCCUGAAGAUGCUUGUCAACUUCCUAGAAGAGAGCAACAUAUCUCUUGCUGAAUGCAUGGUACAAUUUUUUUCGUUUGCAACCAGUGCAACCACAGAGUGUUUCCUCUUGGCAGCAAUGGCUUAUGAUCGCUAUGUAGCUAUAUGUCAACCUCUACUGUAUCCUGUGAUUAUGACCAACAGACUAUGCAUUUGGCUACUAGUUUUGUCAUUUGUAGGUGGCUUUCUUCAUGCCGUACUUCAUGAAAGCUUUUUACUCAGAUUAACCUUCUGUAAUUCCAACAUAAUAUAUCACUUUUAUUGUGAUGUUAUACCCCUGUUAAAAAUUUCAUGCAAUGAUCCUUCUAUUAAUUAUCUAAUGCUUUUUGUUUUCUCUGGUUCAAUACAAGUUUUAACUAUUCUUAUUUCCUAUACCCAAAUUCUCUUUAUAAUUUUCAAAAAGAAGUCUGAAAAGAGUGUAAGAAAAGCCUUCUCAACCUGUGGAGCCCAUCUCUUUUCUGUGUCUUUAUACUAUGGCCCCCUUCUCUUCAUGUAUGUGCAUCCUGCAUCUUCACAAGCAAAUGAUCAAGACAUGCUUUCUCUAUUUUACACUGUCAUAAUUCCUGUGUUAAACCCCAUUAUCUAUAGUCUGAGAAACAAGCAAGUCUUAGAUGCACUGACAAAAAUGUUGAAAAGAAAUAUUUAG